UUAUUGUUAUCUAUACAAAUAUAUUGUGAAAAAUGAUAUUAAUUCAUUGGGGACAGUUCGGAAAAAUCAAAAACCCAAUUCAAGAAUACCAUCAGAUAAUAUGCUAAAUAAAUGCAAAAGAAGAAGUUCUUUUGACUAUAUGGCUACAAACAAAAAUACAAAUAUAAGUUCAGUUACAUGGAAAGAUAACAAAAAUGUCUCCUUACUUUCAAACUAUUGUGGAUCACUUUCACACACAAAGGUGAAGCGUUUUGAUAGGAAAAAAAACAAAAUAUUGAAGUUAAAUGCCCAGCUUUACUAAUUGAAUAUAACUGUUUUAUGGGUGGCGUUGAUUUAUUGGAUAGUUUGAUUGGGCGACAUAAAAUUACCAUGAGAACCAAAAAGUGGUAUAUGUGGCUUUUUUAUCAUAUGUUAGAUAUGACAAUAAUCACUGCUUGGUUAUUGUAUAAAAGAGUACAAAAAGAAAAUGGUAAUAAUGCUCCAAUGAAACUUAAAGCAUUUAGGAUUGAUAGUGCUACUUGUCUAACAAAAGUUGGGCAAUUUCAAACUCCAAAAAGAGGAAGGUCCACAUUCAUAAGUAAUGAAGAAGAGUUCAAAGAAAAAAAGAAAAGAGAUAAAAAUAAAGAAGUAAAAGACCCCAAUGGAGCGGAUUCUUGGUCACAAAAUUUUAUAUAUGGAAUAUAAAUUUAUGUAUGAACAAAGUAAACAAUUGUAAAGUAUGAUUAUAUAUAUAUAUAUAUAUAUGUUGUAAUAACGUACACAAGUAUUUGUAGUGGAUUAUAUUGAAGUAUAAAAACUGUUGGAAUUACAAACAAAACACCCUAUACACAUUUUUAUAAUACAAAAGCAUAUAAUAAUAUGUCCUGUGUAGUGUAGCUGGGUAUAAAUAGUCGGUGAUUUAUAUUACGCCUCAUAACACUAUUGUACAUCAUA